GAAUUGAGUGUGACGUCACCGUCAGUGUUCGCGGUCGGCCAUUUUGUGAGUGUGUGCUGGAUCGAGAUAUUUGUGUUAACAAGCGUUUCCAGUAAAACCGAAUGAUUUAGUUCACAAGACGGACUCGUUUUACUUUUAUUACAUGUGCUAAGAGUGCGGGUUGUCCGUAAACCUCACAUUGAUCCGUACGAUGGAGGAAAAAGCAUCGUUGAAGGAGCUUGACCAGUGGAUAGGACAAUUAAACGACUGCCAACAACUAACAGAAAGCCAAGUAAAAUCUCUGUGCGAGAAGGCAAAAGAAAUCUUAGCUAAAGAAUCGAACGUACAAGAAGUAAAAUGUCCUGUAACAGUAUGUGGAGACGUUCACGGGCAGUUCCAUGAUCUGAUGGAACUGUUCAGAAUAGGAGGCAAAUCUCCAGAUACAAAUUAUCUUUUUAUGGGCGACUAUGUAGACCGUGGCUAUUAUUCAGUUGAAACUGUUACUUUGCUUGUCGCGUUGAAGGUCAGGUACCGAGAAAGAAUAACUAUUCUGCGCGGCAAUCACGAAUCCAGACAAAUUACACAAGUAUAUGGAUUUUACGAUGAAUGUUUACGUAAAUACGGGAACGCCAACGUAUGGAAAUUUUUCACGGAUUUGUUUGACUAUUUGCCGCUGACUGCGUUGGUGGACGGUCAGAUAUUCUGUUUACACGGUGGUUUGUCACCAUCGAUCGACACUUUAGAUCACAUACGUGCCCUCGACCGUCUUCAGGAAGUACCGCACGAGGGACCCAUGUGCGAUCUCUUGUGGUCAGAUCCGGACGACAGAGGAGGAUGGGGCAUCUCUCCUCGCGGGGCAGGGUACACUUUUGGACAGGAUAUUUCAGAGACUUUCAAUCAUUCUAAUGGCCUGACAUUAGUGUCACGAGCGCAUCAAUUAGUUAUGGAGGGUUACAAUUGGUGUCACGAUCGUAACGUCGUAACUAUAUUCUCAGCACCCAAUUACUGCUAUCGCUGUGGAAAUCAAGCUGCGAUCAUGGAAUUAGACGAUGCUUUAAAAUAUUCGUUCCUUCAGUUCGACCCAGCUCCGAGACGCGGUGAGCCACACGUUACCAGGCGGACACCAGACUACUUCUUGUAAAGAGGCAAACCCCAGAGAAUUAAUUAUUAAG